GGCGGACCGGGACCCGGGGCUGCGCCGGCGCGCUCAGGCCCAGAGCCUGCGCGGCCGAGAGCAGGAGAGCUGGGGCCGCCCUCCCGCCCGCGUCCCCGCCUCUGGGCGCUGCUCGGAGCCUCUGGGCGCUCGGCGCGGCCUCCACGGACGCGGAAUACGAAGAGUGUGGUGACAUGACAUGGAAACACCUGACAGUCCAGCAGAGGAAGUUGCCAAGGAAGCCUCCUGAUGGAGAAACGAGAGAGGCCCCUCCAGUGCGCACAGCGGUUGUGUUUUCCUAACACCCAUCAGCGAGUGAACUAUGCCCUCCCCCUCCCCCCGGGAGAACACCGCCGGAGGCAGGAACUUCAAGGGGGGGCGCCGGUGCCCAGACAUACACACAGGUUCUCUGGAUGACCAUUCAUAAACCUUCAUCGCAAAUGGGAGUCACACACAAGAAGAAAGCUCCCUGGGGCGGCUCUCUGUACAACAGGAGUGAAAAUCAGGGUUGACCGCAGCCUGUCUCUGAUUCGUUGGUCGUCGGUGGAGGCAGAGAUGUGAGGCAAUGUGGCGUGAUAAUCACUGAGUCCUUGGGAAGAAAGGGCCUGGCAGCUCAGUUCUGCAGGGCAGAACCUACAGACAGAGCAGCGGCCGUGGCUGCAGGGCCGUCCUGCCUAUCGACUCGAGCAUCUCCAGGCGACGUGGAGACUGAGGCACAAAGACCCUGGCAGACAGCUUGUUGCAGGGCAGUAACCUUGCCGGGUUCACAAGUUCAGCCGAGAGAGCGCUGCAGUCGACACGCCCCUUUCUCUCGGGAGAGGAGAGCCGGAGGGCGCGAGAGGAGCGGCGUGUGAGCAAAACCUGGUGUGGAGGCAAGUGAAAUCUGAUCGCUUGCCGGGAAAGCGUGUGAAGCCGGGAACCCCAGAGGAGCGAUCGACCUUGAGCUGCCAGGUCGAAGUUAUGCGGGGCUGCUGAGUGUGGGGGCCGCAGCUGGAGAAACGCUCUCAUGGAGAACCCGGUGGCCCCCCGCGUCCUCGGCGCCGAGCCCGGGCGCGCCUUUGCGCACGGUGUGUGCGGCCAGGCCGCGGGUCGAGGCAGCGCUGCCGAGGCUCCGGGAGAGGGCAGCCUGCAGCUGCCGGAUGCGGCCGCGGGGGAGGGCGCUGCGUCCCCGGCGCAGACACCCUGCAGCCUCAGCGCGUCCCUGUGCUUCAGCUCCGGAGACGACUCCCCGCCGCAGUCUCGCGCCUCCGCAGCGGACAGCGCCGGGGCCUCCCCGCCCUCUCGACGCAGCGGCCAGCGGGUGGUGGAGAGGCAGUGGGAGGUCGGCAGCGCGGGCGCCGCGUCCCCGGAAGAGCACGCAUCCCCUGAGGAUCCCGUGUCCCCCGAGGAGGAGCGCACGUCCCCGGAGGAGCCCGUGUCCCUGGAGGAGCCUGUGUCCCUGGAAGAGGCUGUGUCCCUGGAGGAGCCCGUGUCCCCGGAAGAGUCUGCGUCCCCGGAAGAGCCCGGGGACCCUGCGCCCGUCCCCCCCGGCGUCGGGCCGGAGCACGGGGAGCCUGACCUUCUCAUCGAAGUGUCCGGCCGUCGGCUGCGGGCUCACAAGGCGGUGCUGGCGGCGCGCAGCGACUACUUCCGCGCGCGAGCGUCGCGGGACGUGCUGCGGGUGCAAGGCGUGAGCUGGGCGGCGCUGCGGCUGCUGCUGGCCUACGCGUACACCGGGCGCAUGGCGGGAGUGAGGCCCGACAACGUGGCCGAGGUAGUGGCUGGCGCGCGCCGCUUGCAGCUGCCCUGUGCGGCACAGCGCGCCACCGACGCCGUGGCGCCUCAGCUGAGCCUGGCCAACUGCUACGAGGUGUUGACAGCGGCCAAGCGGCAGCGGCUGGCCGAGCUGCGCGAAGCCGCCUACCGCUUCAUGAGCGACCACUACCUGGAAGUGCUGCGCGAGCCCGCCGUCUUCGGGCGCCUGUCAGGCGCCGAGCGCGACCUGCUGCUGCGCCGCCGCCUGCGCGCAGGUCGGGCCCGCCUGUUGGCCGCGGCGCUCGGGCCGGCAGGGGAGCGCGCGGGCAGUCGCCCGCAGAGCCCGUCGGGGGACGCGGAGGGGCGCGGCGAUGCCGCGGUCUACUGCUUCCAGGAGGUGGCAGGCGAGUGGCGCGAGCUGACACGGCUGCCCGAGGGCGCGCCGGCGCGGGGCUGUGGUCUGUGCGUGCUCUACAACUACCUCUUCGUGGCCGGCGGCGUGGGGCCCGCUGGGCCCGACGGCCGCGCGCGGCCUUCGGACCAGGUCUUCUGCUACAACCCGGCCACCGACUGCUGGAGCACCGUGCGGCCGCUGCGUCAGGCGCGCUCGCAGCUACAGCUGCUGGCCCUGGACGGCCACCUGUACGCUGUGGGUGGCGAGUGCCUCCUCAGCGUGGAGCGCUACGACCCGCGCGCCGACCGCUGGGCCACUGUGGCCCCGCUGCCCCGGGGCGCCUUUGCCGUGGCGCACGAGGCUACCACUUGCAAUGGCGAGAUAUACGUGUCGGGAGGCUCGCUUUUCUACCGCCUGCUCAAGUACGACCCUCGGCGCGACGAGUGGCAGGAGUGCCCGUGCAGCAGCAGCCGCGAGCGCUCAGCGGACAUGGUGGCCCUGGACGGCUCCAUCUACCGUUUCGACCUGUGUGGGGGCCGAGGCGACGCUCCGGCAGCCGGGCCGGCCGGAGGGGUCAGUGUGCUCCGCUACCACUGCCUGGCUAAGCAGUGGAGCCGCUGUGCAUCACAUCUGCGGCCCCCGGGCGCACCGUCAAGCCUGCAGCCCUUCCGCUGCGCCGCGCUGGAUGGCACCAUUUACUGCGUGAGCCGUGCGGGCACCUGGCGCUUUGUGCCACCCCGAGACUGCGAGCCUGGCGCCGGCGACGCGGGCCAGGAAGGCAGCUUUGAGCUCCAGUCGCUCCGAGCCCCUCCGGACGCCCGGGGCCUGCUCUUCCCGUUCGUGCUCAACCUGCUGGAAAAGCCGGACAGAGGCGAGGAGGGCGCCGCGUAGGGUGGGCCGGGGUCACGGAGGCCCCAACCAGGAAACUGGAAGGGGUGAAGGGAGUGGAAGUGGAGAGGAGAGAGUCGUGGGUGGGCUCUGCCCAUGGGGGUCAUUUAGCCGCUCAGCAGGUGGGAGCUUAUCGCGGGGCCUUGAAGACUUCUUGCAACGCUGUGUAAAGGUCUCUUUCCUAUUCUGCAUUCUUUUUGCUUUGCUUGCUUAAUCGGCCGAUGGCGUAAGAUGUAGGAUGUGUGCAAAUAGACAGACUUACAACUAAGAUACAAAAUACCUGUGAAGGAAAGAAAUAGAAUCAGAUUAUGCUUCAGGGUACAGUGGGUGGGGCCCGGAGUGUACCCAGGUGAGUCAUGGUCACCCCAGGAGUGGCCAGGAGGCCAGAUGAGUUCCGUGGGGGUAUUGGGUACUGUUGCUUAUUGCACCAUGAGAGGGCCCCUCGGGGACCUUGAGGUCACCUCCCAGAGUUGAGAUCCUAAACUAGGCCAAUGGGAACUGUGUCAGUGGAACCACAGAAAGAAGGUCACACUUUUUUUGGCUUGAGGUUUAAAAUUAUAAUGAUAAGUAAAGCUCUUAAACCCUUUCUAAUUUAGUUUUAAAAGUUCCAGUCGUAUGUGCUGAAGCUUUGGUUGGCUCAACUUCAAAAGUAAUAAGCAUUAAAGGUAAACUCUUUGAUUACCAAUAAGCUCUCCUGUCCCGUAAGCAUUGGAAGUUCUUCCUCCAUCACUUAGACCCCCACCCCCGGCCUCAGAGGCCCACACACCUCAACUUUGGUUUUAUCUCAUGCUUAACCGAGGUGAGUUUAAGUUUCCAAAUUCAAGGAUGUUAAUAAUUAUGUUCAAUGAUAUAGUAUGAUUUACCAUUGUUUAAAGUCUUUGGUGACUAAAUGUUUGCCAAAGAGCAUGUCAUCAGGAGAAAAGCUGACCAUGAAUGUGGUGCUUGUCUGUUUUAAAAGGGGCAUUUGGUAGCUACCAGAUAUGGUCAGACACUUUCAUAUUUUAUAGUGGACUCUAAGACAGUAGUGCCCCCCCAAAAAAGGAGGUUAAAAUCCCUUCUUUCUAAAAGUUCUAAAGAAAAAUCUGCAGGUACAGUUUGAACCCACUACCUGUGAUGCUAUAAAUGUGAAUUCUGUAACUCCGAUGAGGAAUAUUCAUUUUUACAAGCAUCUUUCUAAGAAAAUGUGGCAGAAUGACAAUGAGCUUAUUGACGUAAGGUGAAAUAACAUACUUAUAAGGUAGUAUAGUAAGUAAACUACAUUUUUCUACUGUGAAUUCCAAAAUACCUUAAUAGAAUUAACCUGAAAUUCACUACUUUGACAGGGCACAAGGAUUAAAAACAGAUCAGUUGGUCUUUCCUCAUUUGUUCUAAGAUUUUACUUUCCAAUUAUGUAUAGACUGGGUUGAUGAAGAGUUUAAGGAGAAAGUAUACACAUAAAUAGAGGCAAAAUGAUCUGAAUUCUGAGUCAAAUCCUAUUUUUUAUUACAAUAGGAGAAGUAAACAUUGAGAGUUACUGGCACAGAAGUAGAUGAAGUCAUGUGUACCUUGCUAUGAUUUACUCCUGAUUCUAGUGAUGGGAGUUGACCUCUUUUGUCAUUUGGUGGGUAUAUGGAACUGGGUUAUGCUUUUGAAAGAGGCUGUGGUGAUGAAGUGAUCAGUUAAGCAUGUUUAGGAAGGACAGCUUGAUUCUGCAUGUACCAGAGGGUCAGGAGUGGCUGGUGACUUGUGUGCCUGCUUAUGGCUGCUGCUGACCUAAGAGCAUGGUUCAUCAUCUUCUGCACGAAAAGCAGGCUUCCUAUUGCCUGACUUCUUUGGCCUUUUUGUAGGAGUGGACUGGAGGACCAAUAGGGAAAAAAAAAAAAAUUAAGAUCCAAAAGAAACAGUGUUCUUUUAAAGACAAGUGUUUCACAUGAUAAUGUUUUUCUCUAGGCUUUCAUUAUUUAUACUAAAACUUUGAUAUGAAAUGGAACCAAUUUAAUAUUUUCAUUCUUUCCAUAGCAAACUCAUGAGCUAGUAUCACUGUGAUUUUGAGAAAUCAUUUCUAUGAUGUUCACUGUUUAAAAACAUAAAGGCUGAAAUGGGCUUCCAAAGUAAACGGACCCAGAGGAGAAUGGGGGGCGGUGCGUGUUAGAGCCAGUGCAGACAGCCACGUGAUAAAUAUUAUUUCAUCCUUUAACUGGAUGGAGGAAUGUCUGUAUGAGACAUAGCAUCACUUCCUGUGGGAGCUGGCCUCAAAGUGCAGGAACUUGUCAGGAUGAAAUACCCAAGAGAGCUCAGGAUGGGUGAAGGCUGCAGAACCUUACAGACCACAUUUCUAAUAGGAACAUCACAAGAACAGAUACCAGAGGAGCUGGCAUGCUAUGGGGACCAGUUUAUUUUGCUUUUCUGGGGCCAGUACCUGGGGUGUGAGGCCAGAAGGGUGUGCACCGAUUAAACAAAUAGAAAAGCCACCCCAUCCAAGGUCAUUAGUUUGGAGGACGGCUGGCAGGAGGGGGAAGCACAACCGAGAGUUGCCUCUGGUCUGUGUUCCAAGGAAGGAUCUUGUCACAUCACCUGUGUCACUCUAAAUCUCUAUCCAACUCUGUUUAGAGAAACUGUGCAAAAAUAGCCCUGCUCUUCGAUCAAUUAAGAGUCAAUGAAGGUAAUGCCUUUACCACAUCCAUCCAUAAUUCUCAUGAAAUUAUGAAAUCCAUGCACACUGACAUUCUCAAUAUUUGAAAUCGCAGUGGCAUUUUAAGGGGAAACCUUGUAAUUCACAAAAGCUCAAUCUUUUGGUUAGUUCAGAGGCAAUGACUUUUGUAUCGUUGGGUUAAGACGUCUUCAUUUUUUCUGUUUUUCACUCUUGGUCUUGGGAAUAGCCCAGGCGCCAGGGUGACUCCUGGCGCUUUAUGGAGCUGGCUUUGGAACUCCAAAUAGAGUUUCUCAUUAUUUCUCAAUCUGUGGUGGCAUCUUUUCCUUUUCCUUGAAGAGAAUAAAUGCUGUGGAAAUUCUUUUGCUCCUUACUGAAAACUGCCUGUAUCAGUUUUGCUACAAAUAUUUAAGAUGAAUUACCUGCUCCAUUUCUGUUAAUUUCUGUUGUCACUUUAGUAAUUCUAGUAGCUUCUGUUUAAUCUAUUGGUCUCUUGGGUAACUUCCUGUGAAAGAUUUUGAAACAGUAUUUUUGGUUCGUUGCCUUUUCCUGAAGUUAAGAUGGUUUCAGGACAUAAUCUAUUGUAACACCUUCCUGGGGCGAAAUGUAAACAAAAGUGCUAUUUUGUGUUCUGUCUUAUUUUCCAUGCUUUCCCAGCUUACAAAAUGUUUUAUUUUGGUGUUAAAAGAAAUCAGUGUUCCUAUUUCCCUUUCCCUCUGCCAUAGUAUUGUUUACGGGAAGGUAGUAGGAGCUACCGGUGGGAGUGUGUCACAUUCCCGUGGCACCUGGAUCUGUGUCAGCAGCCACCCUUUCCGAACCCCGGUCCAGGUAGAUGCCUGAACUACGCGGCUUCAGCUCAGCGUGUAGCUGGCAACUGCGGCUGCUUUUUAUCUCCUUGGGGAGUGGGUUUGAAAAGAGUUGAAACAAAAAGGCCAGGUGUGUUCUCACAGGAGAGGAAAGCUCCUCCAGGGCUUUGGAAAGGUUUAAGCGCCGCAGGUCUACCGCGGAUUAAGACGCGUGCCUGUGGGAGAGGGUGCCGGCUGGCUGCUCAGUGUCCCAGUCCUGGGCACGGAUCCCUUACAACCCUGUAUAUGUGUGUUUGUGCCGAAAUGAAAUAAAUCACAGGGCGAUGCCAGCGCUCCUGAAA